AAAUAAUCCGAAGGAAAAAAUGUUCCGAGGAGUUCUAUGGGCAUUGGUAUAUAAAGGCCCUGACCCCGGGUGCAAAUUUUCCACCAACAACCAUACAACUUUCGGUCACAAGUAACAAAAUGUCUACUGCUUCUGCUCCCAACCUUCUCGUCCUCGUUCGUCACGGUGAAUCCGAAUGGAACAAGUUGAACUUGUUCACUGGCUGGAAGGACCCUGCUUUGUCUGAAACUGGUCAAAAUGAAGCCAAGCUUGGUGGUGAACGUUUGAAGAGCCGUGGUCUCAAGUUCGACGUUGCUUUCACCUCCUCUCUUCAACGUGCUCAAAAGACUUGUGAGAUUGUCCUCAACGAAGUUGGUCAACCCAACUUGGAGACCAUCAAGGACGAAAAGCUUAACGAGCGUUUCUAUGGUGACCUCCAAGGUUUGAACAAGGACGAAGCUCGUCAAAAGUGGGGUGAUGAACAAGUUCUCAUCUGGCGCCGUUCUUACGACGUUGCUCCCCCUAAUGGUGAAUCUUUGAAGAACACCGCUGAGCGUGUCUUGCCCUACUACAAGUCUACUGUUUUGCCCCACAUCCUCAAGGGUGAAAAGGUUUUCGUUGCCGCCCACGGUAACUCUCUCCGUGCUUUGAUCAUGGACUUGGAGGGUCUUAGCGGUGACGAAAUUGUCAAGCGUGAGCUUGCUACUGGUGUUCCCAUUGUUUACCAUUUGGACAAGGAUGGCAAGUACGUCUCCAAGGAAUUGAUUGACAACUAAAUGUCAUCACGUUUUGUUUGUUGAUAGUAAAUGAAUGUAAUAUUUGUGUAUGAGG